GGUUUGAAAGUCCAAGGGAAAGCACAGGGGAAGCAUUACAAUACGCAUUACAGUUCCCAGCAGAAGCAGACCUUCAGCAACCGGAUUUACUUCCUAGCAAUCGGGAGCAAGCUCAGUUUUGUUUCCUCAGGUUAAAAAAGACAAUGAGAUGGCCCACAGCCUAAACUUUCCACAGAUGACCACCUCUCCUUCCCAAAUCUCCACUGAGAUAUUUUGUUCGUGAGCUAAGAAGAAAUUGCAGUCAUGGACAUCUAGCUUGAUAAACCUUUGCAGUACCAGGGGUUGCCAGAGUUUGGAUUGCUCUGAAAGGGUUGGAGACCCAAAAUGGCAGCUACCACCUCUGUUAUCCUUUCUGAGGAGGUGGCAUUGGUGGUUUUGGGGAACGAAUUGCCACGGGACAAGGUGAACCAAAGCUACCCUCACGAGCAGAGUUCUGAGGAUCCGGAGGCUACCCUACGGUGGAGUGAUGGCUGUCACAGUUCCGCUUGUAAGGCUCCAGUGCCUGAAGUAUCUGAGAGUGACAUGAGGCCUAAUCCGGAGGGGAGCAGAGAAGAUGCCAAUAAGGGGUCUGUUGUGGAUGAAGUCUUUCCCAAAGCUGUCACCACCAGUGAGGAAGAUGGGGAUAGCAAUGGGAUGCCUGAAGUGGCAGCUCAUGUCUUCGUCCCCAUUGACCCUUGUUGCAUCCAACGCACCCCAACAGGGGACGAAAAGAAGAGGAAACAGGAAUACGAAGAGGAAAUUGUGCGCUGCGAAAAGGAGAAAGGUGACCCCGAGAAGCAGAACUUCAUCGCUCGUGGGUAUUCCACACAGUUCGAUGACUUGCCAAGCUGUGAUGGAGACCGAGCCAAGUCAUUCUCUGAGAGGGUGCAGUGCCUACAGUGCCGCAACUGUAACUCUGCCAAUCUUAAAGCUGUGGCAUCCAUGAUUGGCGCCACAAUAAUUUUCCCUUGCCUGAUUUAUGGCGCAUACGUCUUCCUGCCCUUUGAUGCACCUCUGAUGUCUUCCAUGAGUGCCCGUUUGGUUUACACGCUUCGCUGUGGGGUGUUUGCUUCUUUCCCAAUCAUCAUAGGCAUGGUUGUAUACGGCUUGUCCCGCCUGUGCUUUUCCUCUCUACAGCCCUUUGGGGAGCUGCGGCGGGAAGUUGAGAUCCACCGCCACUAUGUGUCCCAGUCGGUCCACCUCUUCAUCCUGUAUUUCUUCAACAUCGCCGUUCUCUCCACUUACCUGCCUCAGGAAGGCCUCAAGCUCAUUCCUCUGCUGACAGCCCUUUUUGCCAUUUCACGGCUUCUGUACUGGCUAGCUUAUGCCAUGGGCCGUUCUUUCCGGGGGUUUGGCUUUGGCUUAACGUUCCUGCCCCUUGUCGCCAUGCUUCUAUUCAACCUCUACAGCAUGUUUCUCGUGGACCCAGAGAGUAUGUUUGCCAUAGGAGACAACAGUGCAGAGACGCCAUUGGAGAAGGAGAGGCAGUUGGAAGGCUCCAGGCCUAGAUACUGGGGGUGAAGCAACAUUGGCCAGAAAAAAACAGAUUCUGAGGUGAAGGAGACAUAAACAUAAUGACUGAUGGGUUAAACAGGUGAGGGACUUCCUCAGAAGUGUUAAUUUGGUAGAGGGCGUAGGCUAAGAUAUGCCAACAAUGAGGACAUUCUCCAACACAAGAGGUAAACUCUGGCUGGGCCUCAAAAUAGGAAACUUCUCUGCUGUUAGUUGAAAUGCCCAUAUAUCUCUGCUUUUAUAAAAUGGUUUAACUGUAAUGGUGGGGACUGUGACCUGGACCUGAACAGCCCAAUCCCAUCAAAUCUCAGAAGUAAGCGGAGUCAGCCCUGGUUAGCACUUGAACAGGAGACUACCAGGGAAGACGAGUUGCUAUGCAGAGGUAGGCAAUGGCAAACCAACUCUGAAUGUCUCUUGCCUUGAAAUCCUAAGGGACCACCUUGUCAGUUGCAACUAGAUGACAAAACAGGUGAGGGAGCCAUAUAUAAAUCUGUCCUUACAAAUGGGGGGAAGUAAGUUGUAGGGCUAUCAGUGUCAAGAUGGGCCCUGAACUUCUUCAAGGAUUCCAGGAGACCUCCAGACUACAAUAAUCAGCUUCUCUGGAGGAAACAGGAUCUUUGGAGAGCAACUCCUAUGGUAUUGCAUCCAGGCUGCACAUUCUGCCCUCCCCGUCCAGCUCCCCCAAACCUCUAGGAAUUUCCCAAGUUGCUGUUGUCAGCCCUAGCAAACGAUGUCCCUCUACAAGGCUUAAUAAAGUGUGAUGCCUUAACAAGGAACAUCUUUCUAACACAGACCAAACUGCAUCAGACCCAGAGUGAAAUGGGGACUGAACUAUAUUGCCUCUUCCAAGAUUUUGAAAUUUGAAAGAGGGUGUUUUGUGGCAGUAGCCUGAGCCAAUCAUAUGUACCCUGUCCUUGCCCCAUGCAAGUUAAAUUUGUUAUAAAGAAGGCAGUCCCUACUGCUGAAUUAGACCAGUUGUCAGCUUAGUCCAGUGCUGUUUUUUUCCCAACUGGGCAUCGUUCCCUUGAGGCUUUUUCCUCAGCUACUGCUGCAGGUCACAAAAAAAGCAUCUUCUCUUCCCAUGUUAAGGUUGCUCCUUAUCUCCCUUGCUUUGAAUUGACGUAUUGCAGCGAUUCCCAACCAGGGUUCCGUGGUACCUUGGGGUGCUGUGAGCAUGUCCCAGGGGUACCGCGGCAACACUACCGGCCCCCCUCACUUUUGUGGUGUCUCCCACUGGCGCUAGCAAGGACAUGGAGCUAGCCCAGGAGGCAAGGCCUGCCGAAAGGUCAGCAGCCAAUUCCCGCACCACCACCCCAGUGCUUCCCUUCACCCUGGGAGGGGAAGGUGGGGGGAUGGCAGGGGUACCGUGAGAUAUGAAGAGUGAGGUCAAGGGUACCGUGAUGUUGAAAAAGUUGGGAAACACUGAUGUAUUGGCUUGCUUGUACUUCAGAUAACUUUUUGCAGAAUGAGCUCAGUGAGCGAAGGAUAGCUUGCUGCUCCAAAAAAAGCACCUGUCUUGCUACCUAAAAUAAUGGGGAUAAGCACAGUUGUCUGCCUACAAAGACAUAGUAGCAUUAGAUUGCCACUUCGGGUUGCAUUUUUGACAAGAGUAUUGUCCUUUGUCCUAUAGUUCCUUUUGAGUCUACAUUUCCUGAGGGGAGAGUUUUCCCAUGGAAGGAUGGGUUCUUUUCCUCUGUUUCAGACUGGAAGGGGAGCACAUUCUGGUAGCCAGACAGCCUUGUAUGCUGGCUAGUUUCAGCUGCAGCUCCCCCCACCCCCAGACAGAAGGCAUCAGAGAGAAAGAGUAACCCAUAGACAGGCACCUUUCUGUCCCUUGUCCAAGAACAUUUGUACUGAGUUUUACUGUCGUGUGUGUGUAUAUAUAUUUAAAUUGUGUGUACUGCUUUGAGAUUCAAUUCUGGCUGAAAAUAAUAAAAAUAUAAUCUGUGUUAUUCUUGAUUGUCAGUCAAUUUAAGUUAAGAAGCAAAUGAAGGGUGGAAUAAAGAUAAUAUAGAAGUA